AUGCCAUCCUGGGCCCUUGUGCGCAUAGUGUGCGUGCGCUGGGGAGGAGGUGUCAGGCCUGGAGUGGAGACGGGCCCAGAUGGGGGUGUGGCAGGGUCGGGCGAUGUAGUGAAAGACGACCCGGGUGAUGAAGAAUCCACGGUUGGGGACGCUGCUGCAGGGGGAGUGGGCAUGGGACGGACCAGCGGGAGAGAUGGGCUUGGUGGAGCGGCCUGGUACAGUGGUGAUAGUGGAAGUGGAAUCGAGCAGCCAAGAAUCAACCAAAGGGGGUGCAGGGAGGUUGUGUGCUUAAAACCUGGAAAAGUGGACUCAACAAACACUACAUGUCUAGAUAGAUAG